GCUGCUGUUCUCUCAAACUCUAUAUUGUCAGAAAAAUUGUAUUGUAGAGAUUUCGGAGGAUAAAAAAAAAAGACUUGCAAAUUAAAAAAAAAUUUUUAUUAUGACAAAGUGUAACUGAUAGGGAACAAAACUAUGGAAUUAGCACUGUAACGCAGGUGACAUAAAUAGAGUGAGGGACGGUAAAAAUAAAAGCAGUUAGUUUAGACUUAUAACGAGAUUCGAUUUCCUGCAGACAGCACAGUGUGGAUUUGCUCUAACACAACAAACCUUUCUCUUUCAAGAUUUUUCACACCAAAGUAAUACUGUGAAGUUAAAGUUAUUGUAUUGACUUAUCAGAUGCAAUGGGAAAACCUCAGUAAUUGAAUAAAACUGGGUACUUGAAAGCCAAUGUCUUCAAUUUUCCCGUGGCGAGUCGAGGUAACUUGUGAUGGUGAUCAGGAGUCGACUUCCUCACGCACGCCAUCUACAGACAGUAACAUGCAGUUGUCCUUUGCGGAUAUUGAAGAAUGGCUCGACACUCAUCCAGAAAAAAUGGCAGAUUAUUUUCUUAUGAAAGCAGAUAUCAGUCUCGUUAACCGAUGGCUGGUGUUACAUGGAUUUUUGUCGAUUAAAGACUAUGUUAGUUCACGUCGAAACUCUGCUACAACCAACAUCAGUAACGACUCAUCUCCACUUGAAAAAAGUUGCGAAUUUUUUAGUGAUAGUCCUGAUUCUUAUAUUACUUCGAAAUCAGUCUCUAAGAAACACCUACGACAAGACUACGCACUCUCGAAGAAGAUGAACGUUUUUCGAACGUGCGAUACUCCUGGUCAUAGCCCUGAUGUUUCUUCUAUCCAGUCACGAAGAAACAGUUUAAAGGACAUGAGAAAGUGUCUCUCUCUUCCUUCCAGAUCAAUUUACAUUCUUAAUAUGCUCAUACAAUCUAAAGUAGAAAUUCCACGUUUCCCGUCAAAAGGUCGAGAUUCCAAACGCGAGUUCCGUCUUUCCAAUGAACGACAAUUUUUCCUGGAGAGUGUUCAAGAGAUUGCUCAUGACUUGGAUGCUAAAAGUUUGACCCAAAAGAUAACUGUUAAUCUAUCAGUACUGGUGGACUGCGAUGGAGCAUCAUUGUUUCUGAUACAAGGACCCAAAAGUCACCGAAUGUUGGUAUCUAAAGUGUUUGAUCUUCAUACUGGUACAGACAUCAUUGUCGCUAGUCCAACAGACGAUAACGAAGUCCGAGUACCCUGGGGUACAGGGAUCAUAGGUCAUGUAGCAGAGAGUGGAGACAUUGUGAACUUGACAAAUGCAAGCGAGCACCCAAGAUACAACGACGAAGUGGACAAGAUUUGUGGCUACAGAACCGAAACUUUACUUUGCAUGCCUGUUAGAAAUGCUGAUAACGAUAUUAUAGCUGUUGCUCAGAUUUUCAACAAAAAUUCGGAAAGUGGGGAAGGAGUAUUCACGCCAGAAGAUGAAAAGCUGGCCAAAAUGUACUUGGAGUUUUGUGGAAUCGCACUUACUAACGCCUAUUUGUUUGAACUGUCUCAGAAGGAGUAUGAAAGAAAUCGAUCCUUAUUGGAAGUGGUUCAUGACUUAUUUGAAGAGCAAACUUCACUUGACAAAGUUAUUUUGAAGAUCAUGCAAAGAGCUCAAAGGCUUUUAAAUUGUGAAAGAGCGGCGUUGCUGUUGCUUCAAGAAGGUACGGAUUCCGAGAUCGUUAAAUUUAGUCGAACGUUCGAUUUGGCAUCACCUUUAGCAGGAAGUUCUACAACCAACACUCGAAGCUGGCCUGAACUGAAAACUUCUUCUGGACUACUCCAAGUUGCUGAAAGAGUAGUGUGUACUGGCGAAGUAUUGAACUUAACUGAUCCUCCAGAGAUUCAACAGGUUGGUGGGCGACACAUUUGGUCUUUGCUUAGCAUGCCAAUCAGAAACAGGGAUUACAGGAUUAUCGGCGUCGCUAUUAUCAUUAACAGGACAGAUGGUACGUCUUUUGACGAGAAUGAUGAACAACUAUUUGAGGCAUUCACACUUUUCUGCGGUUUGGGCAUCAACAAUACGUUGAUGUACGGUGAGUUGGAGAAAGCCAUGGCCCGACAGAAAGUAGCAAUUGAGGUCAUUUCUUAUCAUGGAACAUCUUCCAGGAAGGAAGUGCAAAGAUUUUUGGACACUAAGAUACCAUCUGGUGAUGAAUGGCAAUUAGAAAGUUUAAAGUUUGAUGACUUUUCUCUUAGUUCUGACGAAAUGAUCCUUGCUUCCAUUAGGAUGUUCCAAAAUUUAGGAUUAAUAUCAAAGUUUCGUAUUGAUUAUCAGUCUCUUUGCCAGUUUUUAUGUACUUUGAGGAAGAAUUACCGGAAUGUCCCAUAUCACAACUGGCGCCACGCUUUUAACGUUGCUCAAGUGAUGUUUGCUAUUCUCACGCACUGUGGUAUGAAGUCGAUUCUCACAGAUUUGGAGAUCUUCGGAAUGUUCACAGGUUGUCUUUGUCACGAUCUUGACCACCGGGGGACGAAUAACUCCUUUCAGGAGAAAAGCGGAUCCGCUCUUGCUCUGCUCUAUGGAAGUAAGGCCACAAUGGAGCAGCAUCAUUUUAACCAUGCUGUGAUGAUUCUCUCGAGUAAGGGCCACAAUAUAUUUUCUUCUCUGUCAGCUGCUGAUUACAGUCGUGUGAUGAAGAUUCUGAAGCAGGCUAUAUUAGCAACUGAUUUGUCCACCUACUUUCAGUUACGCGGGAAGUUCUUUUCUCUUGUUGACAAUGCUGAAUACAACUGGGACGUUGAGGACCAAAGGGAGGUGCUGCGAAGUAUGUUGAUGACCGUUUGUGAUCUUGGUGCUAGCACGAAACCAUGGCACAUUCAGAAGAAAGUGGCGGAACUGGUCACGAACGAAUUUUUUGACCAAGGAGACAAGGAAAAAACACAAUUACGAAUUCAACCACCUGCACUAAUGGAUCGAGAGAAGAAACAUGAACUGCCACAACUUCAGUAUGAUUGGAUUGAUUCUAUUUGCCUACCUCUGUACAGGUGUUUGACUAAGAUGAACGAAAGGUUCAUGGAAAUGGUAGAUGGAGCAGUGUCGAAUCAAGAAAAAUGGGCGGCCCUUUCUGGACAAAUUGCAUGCACAGAUAAAUCUGAAGAUUCCAAUGGUACAGCUGGAGUUUCCACAGAAGACAACCGUUCGAAAACUGGCCAGUUGUAGAACGUUACAGAAUGGCUUCAGACUCGCAUGUAUAAUUGUUAAUAUACAUAUAAAUAUAUGUAUGCCUGAUAUUACUUUAAUUUUAUUCUUCGUCAGUUUAUGGACGAUCAUUCCAAAACCCGUAGAGUACUGAAAUAUUAAAGAACCAUUAAUAUAUAUAUAUAUUAAACUACUUAAACAUAUCUUUUUCUGCAAAGGGAAGAAUAUAUUUAUUUCAAUGUCUAAUAUUAAUACAAUUGUUUCUUGAUGAUAUUAUGUAGUAAAGUAACAGCGUUUUAAAAGUACAUCGUUAAAUGUUAAAAUUUUUUAGUAGCUAUAACGUGAAAAACUAUUUGGAAUCGUCGAGAAAAUAAACAAUUUGUUAGUUUA